UCACUUUUGUGUUAUCAUCAGUUUUCAUAUGACAGUGAACACAUGACUAAAGCCUUCACAAAUACAACACCACCUAGCUUAAAAAAAGCUAAAGGCAGCCAAAUCACCAAAGUCUUCACCACUGAAGCCAAAUCGUUUCUGUUUUCGCCUGUAGAGCCAUAUAUUGGCUAACAAUAAAUCAAUUUUCUGCCAAAAAAAUCAAAUGCUCUGUCUGAGAGAGUAACAAACACAGAGAAAGAAGAGAACAAGUACAGUAGGAGCUCUAGCUUGACCCAAUUGAGGAUUUUACAGAUCUCCUAUUGUACUGAGCUUUCUUCUGGUGAGGUACCUGUGAUGAUAAUAGUAACCGGAGAUGGAAAGGAUACAUGAAGUAAAACAGCCACCGAGGCAAUUCCCUUUAGAGGCUAAGGUGUCACAUGCCUUUUCAACUUCCAGGAAGGAGAUCGAUGUUAAAUGCAAUGUGCAGGACUUCCGAGAUUUUGACUUGUCUGUUCCGAGACAAACUUGGAAAGGAAAGACCUCGUAUCAGGAGGAAGAGGAACUCAUGAUAGAUGCUGGUUCAAUCAAGCGCAGUGAUGAUUCACUUGAAGACAGUGGCUCUACUUCAUUUCAUGGAGCGAGUCAUCCUCCGGAACCUGUUGAUACAGACCUAAUGAGACCAGUGUACGUACCCAUUGGUCAGAAAAAAGCAGAUGGGAAAUGCUUAGUGAAAAGCAUGUCUUUGAAGGGUCCUUUCCUAGAUGAUCUUUCAAUCCGGGUUCCUAAUGUGAAACCGAGUCCAUCUCUUCUUUCACCUGCAGAGAGCUUGGUUGAAGAGCCAAAUGAUUUGAGUUUAAUCUCCUCUCCGUUUACAAUUCCUCGUCCAUCUCAAAACACAGAAGCAAGUCUGCCUCCUGACUCCGAAGAGAAAGAAUGUAUUUGGGAUGCAUCGCUGCCUCCAAGUGGCAAUGUAAGCCCACUUAGUAGCAUUGAUAGUACUGGUGUGGUGAGAUCUAUGAGCAUUGUCAACAGUUGCACAAGCACGUAUAGGAGUGAUGUGAUCAUGAGCGAUGGCAUGCUUAGUGUGGACAGAAACUACGAGAGCACAAAAGGGAGCAUUCGUGGGGAUUCACUUGAAAGCGGUAAAACUAGCCUUAGCAGAGCAAGUGACAGCAGUGGUCUUAGUGAUGAUAGUAAUUGGAGUAACGUUACUGGCAGUGCCAAUAAGCCUCACAAAGGAAAUGAUCCUAGAUGGAAGGCUAUUCUCGCGAUUCGGGCACGUGAUGGUAUUUUAGGAAUGAGUCACUUUAGGUUACUCAAAAGACUUGGUUGUGGAGACAUUGGCAGUGUUUAUCUUUCUGAGCUUAGCGGGACUCGCUGCUAUUUUGCAAUGAAAGUGAUGGAUAAGGCUUCACUUGCGAGCAGGAAGAAACUGACUCGUGCUCAGACAGAAAGAGAAAUCCUGCAGUUAUUAGACCAUCCAUUCUUGCCAACCUUGUACACUCAUUUUGAGACCGAUCGCUUCUCAUGUUUGGUCAUGGAAUAUUGUCCUGGAGGAGAUUUACAUACUCUACGACAGCGACAACCUGGGAAGCAUUUUUCGGAAUAUGCUGCAAGGUUUUAUGCAGCAGAAGUUCUACUGGCGCUUGAAUAUCUACACAUGCUUGGUGUUGUGUACAGAGACUUAAAACCUGAAAAUGUUCUUGUGCGUGACGAUGGCCACAUUAUGCUUUCAGAUUUUGACCUCUCCCUAAGAUGUGCAGUUUCACCCACGCUCAUAAGGUCAUCAUCUGGCGAUCCUUCUAAAAAAGGAGCCGCAUUCUGUGUGCAGCCAGCAUGUAUUGAGCCCACAUCUGCAUGCAUUCAACCAGCAUGCUUCCUUCCCCGCAUAUUUAAUCAAAAGAGCAAGAAAAGAUCACCUAAGCCUCGAGCCGAGACUGGGCUUCCAGCUAAUGCGCUGCCUGAGCUAGUCGCAGAACCUACUUCGGCACGCUCUAUGUCAUUUGUUGGGACACAUGAAUAUUUGGCCCCCGAGAUUAUCAAGGGAGAAGGCCACGGCAGUGCAGUUGAUUGGUGGACAUUUGGUAUUUUCCUGCAUGAACUACUCUAUGGUAAGACCCCGUUCAAGGGAUCAGGAAACAGGGCAACUCUUUUCAAUGUAGUAGGCCAACAGCUCAGGUUUCCAGAGUCUCCUGCAACCAGUUAUGCCAGCCGUGAUCUGAUACGUGGCUUGCUUGUUAAAGAGCCUCAAAACCGACUUGGGGUGAAAAGAGGAGCAACUGAGAUCAAGCAGCAUCCUUUCUUUGAAGGUGUUAAUUGGGCUCUGAUACGUUGCAGUACGCCACCCGAAGUGCCAAGACCUGUUGAGGCGGAGCUUCCUGCAAAAUUUGGGCAAGUGAACCCUCUUGGGGUUGGCAAUACGAGUAAAAGAGUGGUGGGAACAGAUGCAAAACCUGGGGGUAAAUAUCUUGACUUUGAGUUCUUUUAGUUUAGGAUAUAGAAUUCUUGUCUAGGAUUGUAUUAGUUUAUCCUUCUGCAAUUGUUUGCUUCUAGUUGUUAUGUAUUCAACUGAACUGCAAUACAGAAGAACUGGGUCUUUACUAAACUUGUAGCUGUAAAAAUCACUCGCCAAUUAUAUGAAUCAGUUGCACUAUUUUGAUUUAAUUUUUCCUCA